AUGGAAUAUAAUAAGGCGUCACCACUAAUGGAUGCUUCUUAUUGGGAUCAGGAGCUAAACAAUAAUAACUAUUUGGGAGAGGGGAUGAGACUAGAAUUGAAUCAGCAGAAUGUUGAUAUUUUUAAUAAUGCACAAUACCCUUCUUCAAACGAGGAUAUGUUGGACGAUCGGCCAUAUAAAUAUGCUAAUAAUGAGUCGAUAAGCACAAGCUCGUCUCCAAGUGGUAUCGUUAACUCACAUCUAAAUUCUAAGGCUAACGGAAUAUUCUCGCCAGUAUCUGUUUCAGAAGAUAAGAAGAAACCAAAAUCAAAAAAGCAGUUUUUGAACGAACAAGAUGCGAUGUUAAUUGCCAAGGAUGAUUCGGAACUAAAUGAGGAAGAGCUUCAAAUGAAAAGAAAGGCCCAAAAUAGGGCAGCACAAAGAGCUUUCCGUGAACGGAAAGAAACCAAGCUAAAGGAACUAGAAUGCAAAUUAGCGGAGUCUGAAGAAGAGAAACGACGUCUAUUAAGUCAAUUGAAUUUAGCUAAACAACAGAAUAUUUCAAUACUGACAGAAAACGAGUAUUUGAAGAACAAAUCUUCCUCCGAGCAAAACCUUGUCAACAAAUCCGACGAUACUAUGAACGUUGUAUUCCCCAAAAAUCAAAGGGAUUUCAUAUAUGGAUUGGCAGGAAACCACGAGGUCAAUAACUAUACCAUAAACAAAGUGUAUGAGAAUCCCGAAGUGCCAGGUAGAAAGUUAUUGGCCGUCGGUGCAGUUUGGGAUUACUUGCAGUUGAAAUCACAAGAAAGUGAGAAGUAUGAAAACUUGGACAUAUUAGAGAUAAUGGGUCGUCUAAAGGGAAAUGAAAGAUGUCAUGGGUAUGGUCCUGCGUAUCCUUUGGAGUUGGUAGAACAGGUUGUUAACGAGUGUUCGGUAUUGCGAUAA